AUGCAGCGCCGGGCCCAGGGCGGACCGAGCAGCCCCGCCGCGCCCCCCGCGCCCAGGACCAUGCGGGCCCCGCGCCGGGCGCCGCCGCCGCUCGGGCUCCUGCUGGCGCUCACGGCGCUCCCGUGCCCAGGCUCCUUCCGGGCGCGCCGGGCCCCCGAGUGGGGUGCGCUCGGCCUCCCCGGGAAGGGGGCAGCGCGCCCCCCUGGUGCCCCUCCCGGCCGCGCGCGGGGCCUCAGCGCCCCCCGCCCCCACCCCGGGCCCGACCGUGGCGGCGAGUCCGCGGCCCCAUCUCUGGCUUUCGCGGUCAGCGGCUUCUGGGAAGGCUGCGGGCGGCCCGACAAGCGUCUGGAGCCGCCGCCGCCUGCCUCGCGGAGAACAGGCCGGUCCCCCUUCCCUAGCAACCGGCAGCCGCGUGCCAGGCGGGGAUGUGGGGGAAGAGCCCCCGGCCUCGCCUGGCGUGCUGACAGCUACGGCGCCCGGCUGCAAGCCCGCAUCCUCCAUCCCUGCUGCGCGUCGAGGCACGGGCCGGGCCAGAACCUCCGUGGAGCGACGCCGGCGCGUGCGGCCGAGGAGGGUCCCCAGCGCUUCUCCUCGCUGCCCACCUACCUGCCCAGCAGCCUGAGUGUGCUGGACGCUGAGGAGACCUUCUUCCUCAAAGAGCCCCAGCAGGGCCUGACGCGCAACGCCAGCCUGCAGGCCCGUGCCCAGCCUUUCUUCGUGCACCGGGCCCGCGUGCCCCCGACGGUCAACGCCAGCUACGGCCCCUUCUCGGCCGAGGCGCCGGUGCCGCCCGAGUUCCUGGUGCCGUCCACGCCCUUCGGGGCGGCGCGGAAGCUGCCCUUCAACUGGAAGCUGAAGGCCCACAUCCUGGACAGCUCCAUCUACUCCAACAGGCCCAAGGUGCAGACGCUGUUCUACGUGACGGGCAUGGACUGGACGGACGCUGAGCCCGAGCGGGACUUGCCCUGCGUGCGCAUGUCGGCCUUCCCCGAGGCGCGGGAGGUGGCGGCCAGCUGCCGGCUGCAGGGCACGCCCGGGCUAUGCGUGGCUGAGCUGGAGCUGCUGCCCGAGUGGUUCAGCUCGGGGCUGGACCUGGAGCCGGCCGAGGAGAUCCCCGCGGUGCUGGGCGGCACGGCCAUGGAGCUGUUCUUCGCCGUCUACCCCGCGGGCCCGGCCGGCGAGUGCCCGCUGCAGGAGGGCGCCCGCUGGGAGAACAACAUCCACGCCGACCCCGAGGCGGCCCCGCCGGCCACGCCCGACCGCCAGCGCAUCGGCAGCGUGGUGGUCUACCCCACCCAGGACGACCUCCGCUGGUCGCUGCUGCACCUGGACCGCAACGUGGCCCUCUCCGUGCCCCUCAACCUGAUCCGGGAGGGCGACACGGCCACCUUCCUGGUGUCCCUGACCGGCGGCUCCAGGGCCGACCACUUCACGCUUAGAAUCAGGGCAGUGGCCGGCGUGAGGCUCACGGCCGUGAGAGUGAGCGGCAGCACCCAGUGGGCUGUGCAGGAGGAGAUUGAGAGCGACGGGAUGCAGACGACGGCCACGCUGACCUGCGUCGGCCGCCUCCCGGACCCCCAGAGCAGGGUGAACGGCUCCCUGUACGAGUUCCUGCAGGUGGACUUCGGGGUGGACAAUAGCAGCGAGUUGGUGGGCGCACAGCAGAUCACCUGGCAGGUGGAGUACCCGGCGGAGGAUGUGACCAGCGACCUGGUGGUCUCCGAGAUCUUCGUCAGCCAGUCGUCCUUCGUGGGCAUCGUGCCCCUGGCCAUGGACACGGAGCUGCUGAACACGGCCGUGCUGACCGGCAGGCCCGUGGCCGUGCCCGUGCAGGUGGUGGCCGUGGAGGAGGACGGGGCCGUGGUCCGCGUGACGGGGGACGUGGAGUGCAAGUCGGCCGAUGAGGACAUUGUCAAGGUCUCCAACACCUGCGACUCCGUCUUCGUGAACGGAAAGGAGAUGAAGAGCAAGGUGGGCACCAUCGUCAACUUCACUCACCAGCACUUCACCUCCCAGCUGGAGGUCACCGUGUGGGCACCCCGCCUGCCCCUGCAGAUGGAGGUCUCCGACACCGAGCUCAGCCAGAUCAAGGGCUGGCGGGUCCCCGUGGGCGCCAACCGGAGGCCCACCCGGGAGAGUGAGGACGAGGAGGACGAGGAGAGGAAGGGCCGGGGGUGCUCGCUGCAGUACCAGCACGCCACCGUGCGCGUCCUCACCCAGUUCGUGGCCGAGUCACCGGACCUCGGCCAGCUGAGCUACCUGCUGGGCCCUGACUGGCAGCUGGACGUCACUGACCUGGUGACUGAAUCCAUGAAGGUGGAGGAGCCAAGGAUCGCUCAGUUCCAGGAUGGCCGGACGCUGGUGGGCCGGGAGCCGGGCAUCACCACCGUGCAGGUUCUCUCCCCGCUGUCCGACUCCAUCCUGGCCGAGAAGACGAUCAUCGUGCUGGAUGACCGCGUGACCAUCGUGGAGCUGGGCGUGCAGCUGGUGGCCGGCCUGUCGCUGUCCCUGGAGCCUCACCGAGCCGACAGACGGGCGCUGGUGGCCACGGUGACCGCGCAGGACGUGCUGCAGGCCCCCCGGCAGGAGGCGCUGGUCAGCUCCUGGGUCUUCUUCAGCGAUGGCUCGGCGACGCCCCUCGACCUCUACGACCCGAAGGACUUCGCGGUGACAGUCACCUCGCUGGAUGAGCUGGUGGUGUCCAUCCCGGCCGACCCGCAGUCCCGGUGGCCCUUGGUGAUGGCGGAGGGGGAGGGCCAGGGGCCGCUGGUCAAGCUGGAGAUGACCAUCAGCGAGGCCUGCCAGAAGACCAAGAGGAAGAGCGUCCUGGCCGUGGGCCGGGGCCACGUCAGGGUCAAGUUCGAGCCCGACUCGCGGGAGCGCCAGGGCGGCGGCAACGACAUCGAGGGCGUGAGCCGGGAGUACCGGGACCACCUCAGCAACUCCAUCGAGCGCCAGGGGGGCCCCGAGCGGGCGGUGCAGGAGCGCGCCCCCCACGGCGCCCCCGCCGGCCCCGAGGGCCGCGCCAACGGGAGCGCCACGGCCCGGGCGCCCGGGGACGGGCAGAGGAAGAAGUCCCAGGGCGGGGGCCCCGACGCCGUGACCGGCCCCCCCGGCCAGGCCCGCUCUCCCGGCCCCGACGGCCCCGGCGACCUGACGGUGAGCGCGCGCGGGCUGACGGACCUGGAGAUCGGCAUGUACGCGUUGCUCUGCGUCUUCUGCCUGGCCAUUCUGGUGUUCCUGGCCAACUGCGUGGCCUUCGCCUGGCGGUACCGGCACAAGCGGCUGGCGGUGAGCGAGCAGGGUGGCCACCCGCACUCCCACGACUGGGUCUGGCUGGGCAAUGAGGUGGAGCUGCUGGAGAACCCGGUGGACGUCACGCUGCCCUCGGACGAGGCGCUGGCACUGGGCGAGCGGGCGCUGCAGUACGAGGAGCGCAACUUCCUGCUCAACGGCGGUGCCCAGGAGGCAUUUCCUGGGCAGCUGCUGGGCCCGGCCGACUACGGCUACGACAAGGACGCGGCCCUCGAGCCCCUGCACCCGCCCGGCCCCAAGCGGAAGCGGGUCAAGUUCACGUCCUACACCACCAUCCUGCCCGAGGACGGCGGCCCCUACACCAACUCCAUCCUCUUUGACAGUGACGACGGCAUCAAGUGGGUGUGCCCGGACGUGGGGCUGGGGGACCCCCAGGACUUCCGGGACUACAUGGGGGGCCUUCAGGAGCGGCUCUGA